UUGAAGUUCUUGGCCCUAAUUAAGCUUAACUUCUCUCCCAGAUAUCGCGAUUUUUGUUAAAAACAAGCUCCUUUAAAGUCACCAGAAAAGGCGGCUGAUCCUUCGGGGGCAGACUCCUCCUCGGGCUGCAUGAAAUUUGCUCCAUAUUAAGUGAACCUUCAGAGUUGAAGUCGGCCACAGCUACUCUGAGUUUAUCUGCUUGGAUUUCAUAUGUACUUGUAGGUUUUUUUACAUAUUUUCAGUCUGCUUUUCUUGUAGGGUUUUAGGGUUUACAACCUCAAAAGCUAAGUUUAAGGAUCAUGCAGUUUUGAGUAUAAGGUUCCUGUAUGUUUAACUUUUAGUGUUACGUAGUUUUUGGGUGGUAAGCUUGGUUUUUUCAGAUUGAAUUCUUGCCUUCAGUUUUUGAAGAGAAAGGCUUUCUAUAGCGUCAGUUUCUUGUGAAUUUGCUCUAGUUUUUUUCAGAAUAUAUAGAAGAUUCUGGUUUGAGAAGUUUAUAAAGAGAAGAUAUAUAUAUAUAUGGAGGAUGAGUACAAAAAUGAAUGUGAUAAAAUAGAUGAGGUGAUGCUGCCAGGGUUCAGAUUUCAUCCCACUGAUGAAGAACUUGUAGGGUUUUAUCUGACAAGGAAGAUUCAGCAGAAACCUCUCUCCAUUGAACUCAUCAAGCAACUCGACAUCUAUAAAUAUGAUCCUUGGGAUCUCCCAAAGUUGGCAAUCUCUGGGGAGAAAGAAUGGUAUUUCUACUGCCCAAGGGACCGAAAGUAUAGAAACAGCGCACGGCCUAACCGAGUAACUGGAGCUGGAUUCUGGAAAGCCACGGGAACCGACAGGCCAAUCUACGCUUCCGAAGAUUCAAAAUGCAUUGGGUUGAAGAAAUCACUUGUUUUCUACAAAGGUAGAGCCGCAAAAGGAAUAAAGACUGAUUGGAUGAUGCAUGAGUUUAGACUUCCGUCGGACUCAGUCUCACAUAAUAAGAGAUAUUUGGAACAAAACAUCCCUGCAAACGAGGCAUGGGCAAUAUGUAGAAUUUUCAAGAAAGCUAAAUCGACUACACGGGCUCUCUCUCAUUCUUGGGUUUCGCCGGUUCUUGAUACUACCAAUGCUUCUACUACAACGAACAUGAUCGACCCCAUUAACGUAGCUAGCGAUAUUCAGUUCACUGGCAAUACCUUGAUAGCAAACAAGAGUAUAACUAACUCAACCCUCCAAUUCGGUUUCUGCAACGAGAUAGAGCAUUCGUCCGUUACAAGUUUCUCCCCUCUACCAUUUCCAGUUUCAGUUUCAAGUGGAGAUCAGCAUGACCUGACCCCAAGCUACAAUACAUUUUCAUCCAAUGAAACUUGUGAACUUGCAGCCUCAAAAUGUGACAUCAAUCUUGAUGCAUCUUCAUUGUUGCUUGACAUGUCAAAUUCCAUGUCAGGAGAUCUUAUGAAGGGCUCAUACAAUGUGGAUUUUAGUAUGUUUGGAGUGGCUCAUGAGGAAGUAGUAUUAAUGCAAGGAAAUCUCGGACAUGGAUCAGAAGUGGAAGUGUUGGAAAAAGGACAGCAUAGUGGUUUGGGACAAUUAGUAGAUGAACAGUGGGAGACAAUAAGGUCUAUGAAUAUGGGGUUUCCUAAUUAUAGGUUACCAUUGAGUUUGGGUACUGAUCAUAUAUGGAAAUCAAGUUUGCUGUGGGGUUCUUCUCCUUGUCCCUAGUUUUUCUACUAAUUAACAAGUCUAUAUAUAGUACGUGAUGAGCAGAGAACAUCAAUUUUGAUUCUAUAUAUAUUCAAUUCUUUUUUUUGUAUGUUU